AUGUUUGGUGAAUGCAAUACUUGCGGGCAAGGCGACGUGCACAAGCUGGAGCGCAUCCUGAUCCUUGACUACGAUGUCCAUCAUGGUCAGGGCACACAGCGCUUCUUCUACAACGAUCCCAGGGUGCUGUAUUUCUCUAUACAUCGCUUCGAGCACGGCGCCUUCUGGCCACAUCUGCAGGAGUCCGACUACCAUGCCAUUGGCGAGGGCCCUGGCCUGGGCUUCAACUUCAAUGUGCCGCUCAAUGAGACAGGAAUGGGCGACGGGGACUACAUGGCCAUCUUCCAGCAGCUGCUACUGCCCGUGGCAAUGGAGUACCAGCCAGAACUGAUCAUCGUCUCGGCCGGCUAUGAUGCGGCCCUGGGCUGUCCCGAGGGUGAAAUGCAGGUGACGCCCGCCUUCUAUGCGCAUCUGCUCAAUCCGCUGCUCCGACUGGCCGACUCCCGUGUGGCCGUCGUGCUCGUAUUACUGACUUGAAUCUCUGACAGAGUAUUGGAAGUCAGACUGCCG